AUGGUUAUGAUUACUGCUACUACUAGUGUUGAAGUUGUGUCUAGGGAGACAAUUAAACCAUUAUGUCCAACACCAAAUCACCUUAGAAACUAUAUUCUAUCUUCUAUUGAUCAAAAUUCUCCUCCCAUUUACAUCCCUGUGCUACUUUUCUACCUUAAUAAUACAACUAUUAACACUAAUGAAAAGUUAUUUAUGUUGAAGAAAUCAUUAGGUGAGUGCCUAAGUGAGUACUAUCCAUUGGCUGGCACAUUUAGAGAUGACUAUUCUGUUGUUGAAUGCAAUGAUGAUGGGGCAGAGUUCAUUGAAGCUAGAGUUAAUUGUGAUAUUUCACAAAUCAUUGGAACUUCAAAUGUGAAGUUGUUGAACCAGUUGUUGCCAUUUGAAUCCACUGGCAAUUGGAGUAAGCUCAAGGGGAAAACAUAUGAGAGGGAAGUGCUUGUUGCUGCUCAAGCCAAUUUAUUCAGGUGUGAUGGUUUGGCUAUUGGUGUGUGCAUUUCUCAUAAAAUUGCUGAUGGCACUUCAGUAGUUGCUUUCUUGAAUUCAUGGGCUUCCAAAUCUUUAAAUAACUAUCAUGGUUAUAAUGCUAAUAUUGUCCCUCCUCCUAUCUUUGAUUCAGCAAGAAAUUUCCCUCCUAGAGAAAUGCCCCGUUAUUCUCAUGACAUUGGGAUAACUAACAAAACAAUCGUUACAAAAAGAUUUAUUUUCGAUUCAUCAUCUAUACUAGCCCUGAAAAAACAAGCAUCAACCACGAUUAUUGAUUCAUCAGAUGAAAAUAUCAAGUUUCCAACUCGAGUCCAAGCCGUUUCAUCUCUCAUAUGGAGUCGCGUCCUUGCCCUUUAUAGAUCAAAGCCAACAUACGCGAAAAUUUGUGUAGCAGUUCAUGCAGUGAACAUAAGGCCAAGGAUGGAACCACUAGUCCCUAAUCACACAUUUGGAAAUUAUUGGACAGUUGCUAUAGCCCCUGCAGUGGUAAAAACAGAGCAAAAUGCAGGGGAAAUAAGUAGUGACAUAACAAUAUUGGUUGAAAAAAUGAACAAAUCAAUUAGGAAUAUCAAUGCAGGUUGUGUGAAAAAUAUGAACGUUGUUGCUGCACCCGUGUCAAAUUCUCUAAAAAUGCAUAGCUUUUCAAAGACCGGACACACACGUGACAGUAAUUUUGAAGAGUCUGAACAACAUAGGUCGAGAUUGAAUGAUAAUUCAGUUGAAAAAACCGUGAAAGCUUUUUCAAAGGGGGAUUUAGAAGUGUGCAAUUUUACAAGUUGGUGUAGAUUCCCAGUGUAUGAAGUGGAUUUUGGAUGGGGGAAACCUGAAUGGGUUUGUAGUCCAAUUAAAUCUUUCAAGAAUUUGGUGAUAUUAAUGGGAACUAAAGAUGGAGAUGGCAUUGAGGCAUCAGUUAAUUUGUUGGAAGAGGACAUGCCCCUUUUUGAAAAUGAUCCACAGAUUCUUGCUUUUGCUAAUUAUUGCCCAUGA